AUGGUACCCAGGACUCGCUCUACUCCCUCUACCGAAGAGGCACCGAAUAUCUCUCGAAACCUCAACGAGUCAACCACUGUUGAGGAUGAAACACUUCACAACGCUCAAACUACCCCACCGGACCUUGACGACAGCCUCGUAGCUGUACAGGCUACCAUCGAGAAGCUUCAACGUUUGAAGGACUUGCAGGAUCAAGCAGACCGCCUCAAAUCUGAGGUUCUGGGUCGGAGCCAUGACGAUCUCCCGCCGAUUCCCUACCGGGACCCCUUCCAGUCGUCUGGAAAAGACCAAGAGAUCAAGCUCAAAAACCUGCCUACCUUCACGCUGGACUACACUCUCCAGAAACGCAAGGAGUGGCUUCUCGACCUACAACAGACAUUCGAGGGUGCUCCAAAGAAAUACUACAACGAUCGCACGAAGAUCCUUAGGGCUAUCAGCCACAUAAACCCAACCUAUCGGCAGAGAUAG